AUGCCAGAAUUAUAAAAAUGUAUGGAUCGUUUCGAUCAUUCUUUUUAUUAGGAGAGAAGUACAAUAAACAAAUGUUAUGAAAAUAGAGAUGAUAUUUGGGUUUUUGGUGAUAACUCACAUGGAUAAUUGGGUUUGGGAGAAAUUUCUGAUAUACAAAAGAAGCCUUUAAAAUUAGAGUGCAAUUAUAGCCUAAUAUCUUGUUCGGAGACUUACUCAUACGGUUAUUAGUAAGAUAAAAUGUACUACUGGGGUGAAAGCAAUUUCUCUUGUUCUUAAUUUAAAGGGAAGUGCUUGCGUGCCAAAUGGGUUCCAGUGAAAUCAGUAACUCAACUAAAUGCUUAAAACGAGCGUUUCUAUUAUAUUUCAAAUGGAGAGUUGUAUGGGUAGGGGUUUACAAGUUUAUUAGGAGCAAAACUGAAUGUAGUCUCAACAGCAAAACCCAUAUUAAUUAUGAACAAGGUUAGGAAGGUGGCUUGUUCAAACACUCACGCGUUGGCUUUGGAUGAGAACAAUUGGGUUUAUUCUUGGGGUAAUGGUAAGAAUGGAGAAUUAGGAUUGCAAAUGGCUGGUUAUUCUUUCCAAACUUUUGUAUAAUGUCCGACAAGAAUCACUUAACUUGAAGAUAUUUAAGAUGUUUAGUGUGGGAUCAGUUAUAGUUUAGUAUUAAACUAAGAAGGAAUAGUAUAUGAGUGGGGUAGUGGAUUGAAGAGUAUGACGUUUGAGGAAGCUUUAAAUAUAAAGGAAUUGUCAAUGCCAAAUACUUAUUCAAAUAUUCGUAAGAUCGAGGUGGCUUUGAAAUAAGCUGCAUGUGUAGAUCAACUCGGUCGUCUCUAUUAAUGGAAUACUAACAAUCCUAUUCCAUAAUAUGUAAAGACAGGGUUUCGAUGUGAACAAUUUAUUUGUGGAGAUGAUAUUGUAUUGUUCAUUGGAAAUGAAUAAGCUUAUAGAGUGUCUGAUCAUUUUAAAUAAUAGAUAAAGAAGAGAGUUUAAAAGUACAAACAGUAUGUAGAAUUGAAAAACAACAAGAUUAGGAAUAUGUAUUAUGAUGAGAAUAAGAAGACUAAAUGCCUUUAGGAAAUAAAUGCGAAAGUUUUGGAUUAAUAAGUUAAGUAAAUGAAACCUGAAGAUUUCUUAUAUACAAGAAUAUAAAGAAAGUAGUCCAUGUAUGUUUAGCAAUUGAAGAGAAGAAGCACUUUGUAGGUUUCAGAAGAGUUUCGAGAAGGGCAAAGUUCAAUUCAUAAAAAGCGAUCCAGUACGACUAAAAUGGAAAUAGGAAAAGAAAAAAUGAAUAUUGUUAAAUCAGGGAAAGUCCAUGAUAAGAUGAGGGAAUCUGCUAAAGAAGUGAAGACUCUCAAAGAAUCAUGGGAAGUUUUUCGGAAACUUUCACAAGAUUCUGAAAAUAGAACUUAAUAAAGAACUAAAAUACCUUUAAAUAUUUUGAAUACGAAAUUAUAUUAAGCAAUUGAAAUUGACAAGGUUUCUGAUCUCAUUUUAGAAUCUGAAAGAUUGAACCCAUUAUAUAUUCCUUAUUCUGGGUAAAUUGUUAAAUCAUAACCAAUAUGUCAAAAAGAAUAAAAUCUUAAAUCAUAACCUAUCUGUCAAAGAGAAUAAAAUAUUAUAUCAUAACCUGCAAGUUAAAGGGAAUCAAGACAAAUUGUUAAAUCUUAGGUAGUAGCAGAAUCGAGAAAAAUUGUUAAAUCACAACCUACAACUUAGAGAGAAUCUGUUGAUGACCCUAAUCAUCAUGAAUUCAUUGAUCAUCCUGAUAUCAUGAAAUAUGAAUAUGUCAAAAGAAUUCAUAAUGGUUACCAUGAAAAAUUAUUAAUGGAUAAUCUAAUGACAAAAGAGUAAUGCUUUUUGCCGAUUAAAUGGAAGCGUUUGAAGGAUGAUACUAAACUCUUUCAAGGAAAAUAUAAGAAAAUGCAAGAAAGAUUGCUCAAAUAAUAAAGAGAGGCCAAAAAAUUGAUUAAAAUUAGUGACUCAUGA